AAUCGCCAUUCUUGAAUUAAUUAAGUGUCCGUAUCUCAUCGUACGAACAGGUAAAUAAAUGUAUUAGUAAUAGACAACUGACAUUGACAUUACCAUUGACAUAAAUAUAUGUUUUCUCCCUUGACAGAAAGUUAUAUAAUCAUUGUGGAGACGGAGUUUACAAUGAAUAUCGUAUAUUUUACUUUAAUUCUACCAUUUAGUAUGGUUUCUGGGAUACCAACAACACCACCAAAUUUGAAAAAUAAUUCUUUGCAAUCGUCACUGAAGGAACUAGAUGCAACUAAUUUACAAACCUUGAAUCGAGAAACAAGGAAAGCUUUGCUGAAGAUUGUAGGGGAUGAACUUUCUACGGCGCACGCCGUGAUGAAAUCUAUUGAAUCGGAAGUAAACGAUUGUCAGCAGAAAGUAGAUCAGAAAUACUACGAUUGUGUACAAUGUGUUGAUAUGAAAUGUCAAAAUAGGUAUAAAGAGUGCAACGGUUCUAUUCAAAUAUCAGCACCAAAUAGCGGUGGUGUUUCUGUGUCCAAUUCUGUAAAUGACAGAGGGCGACCAAUCACAACGAUUUGUACCGUAAUGUGGGGACAGUCGAAGGCUUGUACAACUGUCAUGAAUCCAGAAGGAGCAUUUGCAACAUCUAUAAAAAGUAUGGGAGACACUAUGCAUGUACAUUUACGAAGUGUUAUGAACGAUUUUGGUGGCAGUGCCGGCAUGUUUGUGAACCAGAUGCACAGUGUUGUUGGCGAUAUGAACACUUCACGUGUAGCGAAUGAAGCAGUCGAAAGAAUGCUCAAUGAACUAAAUACUGACCUUGGUGGUAUGCAGUAUGAACUUCAGCAUAUGUUUGACGGAGUAGGCAAUGAUAUCCACCAGUCAAUGACAGGCAUGGACCAUACGUUGUCUCAGAUUGGACCGAACGUCAAUCAGAUGGUGUCUCAGAUUGGACCUAACGUCAAUCAGAUGGUAUCGCAAAUUGGGCCUAAUGUAAACCAAAUGUGGUCAAAUACUGGACCUAGAAUGCAGAUGAUACAACAAGGUCCACAAAUGCAUCAGUCACUCACUCAAAUAGGUCCUAACGUAAAUAGGAUGGUUUCUCACAUCGGGCCUAUGGUAAAUAUGGGAGUCAAAAAAAAUGUUAACAAUAUGUUGCAGAAUUUACACCAAGGUCUUGGUCAAUGGAGACAUAACUUUGGUCAGUCACUUAACCACAUGUUAUCAAACAUGUUUGGAAGGAAAAAACGUCAAGCUCAAAUUAUUUCUGAUCCAUUACAUGAAGUUAAAUGUGAUGUGAUGUCGAAAAAUUCUACUGUCUGUGCUGAAUAUAGAACAAGAUGUCAGUCAUGUCCACAAACAAGCAACAUUACUGAUGGAGACGUUAUCCAAGAAGUAUGCGGUGAUGUUAUUGUGGGCAAAAUAAAUCAGAUAAAUUUGAAACUGGAAGAACUUGAACAGAUCGAAGCUACAGUCAUAUCUGACAGAAACAUCCUUACAAAGGUUGAACUCGAUCAGAAAUCUUUGAAUCCUGAUACUUUUGCAUUCAGCAAAUUGUUCGUCACUGCAAAAAUCAAAGGUCAGCCCUUGCGGUUUCAUUCGAAAUCCGAAUUAAAAAUUAUGGAUCUCCCAAGCACAGGUCAAAAUAUUGCUAAACAAAUCUGGAAUUACUGGAACGACGCAGCAAUUCAUAAACCAAAAUAAACUCCCAGUUCGCAUUGAAGGACAACGGUACAGUUUAGUCGUGCAUUCAUCAUUGUUACUUCGUCGUGCUUUGUAUAUGUUGUUGUAUUCAUUAUAAAUAUUUCAUGAAAUAAAAGAAGCAAAGUUUGA